CAUCCAUCGGCCGCCAUUCCUCAACACCUCACCAACUUUUUUCCUUAACCCCACGCUCGACAAUCUCCUCAGAUUAUCUGCAACACUGCAAGAUGGAUCGCGCACUCGACGAAAUUGUAUCAGAACGUCACGUAAGUUUGCUCCUGGCCUUGACCUUCCAAUUGUUUCAGCCUUGCUCCACAAUCGAUGAGAAAGACAACUGACACCUUUCGACAGCGCGGUGGCAGAACUCGAGCACGCCGAGGUGGUCGCAGAAACGACCGUAAUGACUAUCCUCGUGAUGGCAUAAGAAAGGUAAGAGAAAUCCCUCGUGGUCGAACCACCCAGAAUCAUGUUGGCUAAUCUUCUGCCUUGUCUAGGUUGAUACACCUUCUCCUCCCUCCUCCCACACAUAACUCCUCUCCAAAACUUCCUCGGACCUCGUCGCAGUCGACUCCACCGUACUCGAUGACCUUCCAGACUGGUCUAGGAAAGUACCUAUAUUGAACAUAUCAGCUAACCCGGGCCUCCUCUCUUCGCACAGUCGACUCGAGAUGAAAGUAGAAACAUAGACUCGUACGUUUCCAAUCUCUCACAUUUGGUGAGUACAACACUAAUUCUUUCGCAGCGAGUGGGUUCACGAUAAGUUCGACGAUCAUUGUAUGCAAAUCCAAUUUGCUUCCUGGAAUUUCGCGCUCAUAGAUACCCAGCUGGACGACGCCCUUACCGAAAUGAAAGACGCUAUUCCCCCGAAAGAUCAUAGUACGGAUAUCCUUCAAAGGGCUGUUUUUCGUAUGCUAACUUCCAUAGCGAAUCCGCAAGCGCGAAGCUUAGAGUUGACAACUUACACUAUGAUUUGACGGAGGAGGACUUGGAUGUAGGGAAAACCGGCAAGAACAUGCGAUAUUGUGCUCAUAUAUUACACAGGAUCUUUUCAACCGAAUUGGCCCAGUUUCAAAACUCAUCCUGACCUAUGACCGUGCUGGUCGUUCUGAGGGCACCGCCUUUGUAACUUACGAAGCCCCUGAGGACGCCAAACGUGCCAUUCGGGAGUUUGAUGGUGCCAAUGCAAAGGGUACUAAAGUCCGACCAAUUGCUUUUCAUGUUGCUAAUAAUUAUCAGGGCAACCAAUUCGUCUCACCUCUGUACCUUCUGGUCCUGUUCGCCGAAAUCCAUUUGAUUCAGCACAUGCUCCACCUCGUCCAUUGGCAGACCGAAUUACCCUCCCAUCAGGCAGAAGCCGAUCCGAAUCUCCAAUUCGCCAUUCCGAUGUUAGUGGACCACCACCUAGCAACGUCGAUCGAUAUGUUCCAGGUCAGGGUAGCCGCUCACGUAGUCCUCAACGUCCUCGCAGAGAUGGUAGAAGACCAGGCGCAAGAAGAGAGCAACGUGGUGGCGAGAGACGCGGUGGUCGUGGCGGCGGAGAGAGAAUUGCUAGAGAUGGUAGACCAAAGAAGACACAAGAGGAGCUCGAUGCCGAGAUGGAGGAUUACUGGGGAAGCAAGGGAAACGGUACUGAAUCUUCUGCUGCGCCAGUGACCGUUACUGCUGUGCCAGUUGAUAAUGUCGAUAUGAUUGAGUAA